AUGAACGCACCCUAUCCAACUCCUAAUGCUUGUUACACGGACAUCAAGCAGGGCAUCCUUUCGUACACGCUGCCUUUGCGAACGGAUCUUUGCGAUAUCCCUGGACCUCCCGUGAGUCUGUUACCUACAACGGACAAACCUUCGUCGUCUAGCCAAAAGAAAAAGCGGCGUGCGUACGUAAAUGAGAGCGAGGAAGCUCGCGCCCGCCGUUUGGCACGCAAUGCGGAGCGUAUGCGCCAAAAACGCGCCACGGAAAGCGAGGAGGAAUAUCGGGUGCGUUUAGCGAAAAAUGCUGAAAGUAAUCGGCGAAAGCGGCAAAAUGAGACUGAGCUGGAACGCACCAUCCGGCAUGCGCGGAGUGCUGCACGGGAACGUCUCCGACGUGCGAUGGAAACACCGGAUCAGCGAGCGAUAAGGUUGGCCAAGCUAGCCGAACGGAUGCGGAUUUCGCGAGCCAACGAGACCUCGGACCAACGAGCACUUCGGUUAGCGAAAAAUGCGGCCAAGGCAAAGGAACGUCUGCUGAAGGAGUCUCCCGAGCAGUGGAUUGAACGUAAACGUAAGAAGGCCGAAUACGCACGUCGCAAACGAAGCGGGCAGGGACAUCCGAAUAGUUCUGCCGGAAGCAGCAGUAGCAACGAUGCCGCUGUUCACAGCACACUCACGCCAUCUGAGCUUUCUUUCAGCCAGGUGUCAAACAGCCACAGCUAUGUGCCCGAUCUUGGCCAUGGAGGGCCACCGGAUGUGAAGGACAUCAAGCUGAUAGCGUCUCCGAAGCAAAAUGCGACGCAACUUCCCGAACAGAUCUACAGUACACCGCAGCUUCCAUUUAUGGCAACUGACUCCCAGCAUUCUGGGGCGACCGCAUUACACUCCGAUCUUUCAUGCCCCAGCAAUCUGUUCAAGUUUCACGUUUUACCUUAUUCACCGUCUGGACCGAUGACGCUACCGGCAGGUCCCGGUAUGCAACAUGCUGGUCAGACAGAGUAUAAGAGUAAAUGAUUCGGUUCAUCGCGGGUGGUAUCAUGUAGAGUAAAGUAGUGUUUAUCUAAAUUUGGAAAAUUGUGUUAGAACCAUAAAUUUAGCGUACUUGAAAAAGCAGCUACAGCCCCUACGAACACGUGCAAACACAAACUAAAUUACACCUUAGGCAAUACAAUGAUCUACAACAGACACACUAAGCUUAAAAAACGUAUUAAGCGGAUGUAUUUUUCAAAUAGUCUGUUAAGUAAGUUCUUUUUUGUUUUUAUGUUUUAACAUCAAGAAGCAGUAAACAAUUGACUCGUGAAGAUAGCCAAUGCUGGUGGCUGCUCCGUUCUUUGGUAGCACUUUGCGGUACUAAUGGUACAAUAAAAUUGUAAAAAAUAUCACAGUAAUCGAUUAUGUGGCACCGUAGUUACAGGAUGUAACAAAUACUUAUUUGCCAUUUUAAAAUAUCAUUAUCUAGACAUACA